GCUAGCUUCAAUUCAAUAUAUAUAUAUAUACGUACUGUACUAUACUAGCGUGCAUGUGCGGCGUGAUAAAAGAUGUCGAGAGAGUUAGAUGAAGAUGGCAUAAUAUCAUACAGUGCUGGUAGCAGGAGGAGUUUGGCUUCCGGGAGCUGGCGGAGCUGGCAAUCCGGCAGCAGGCUCCGGCAGAACGGUGGGCUCGGUCGGAGCUCGCGGCGGGAGGAGGAGGAGGAGUACGAACUGGUGUGGGCUGCCAUUGAAAGGCUGCCCACUUUUGAAAGGAUGAGGAAAGGAAUGCUGACCAGGCAUGCGGCGGCCGUAGUAGGCGGUAGCGGUAGAGUUGUUGCGGAGGAAGUGGACGUCACCAAGCUUCGGAAGCAAGAGAGGGAAGUGCUAUUGGAGAGCAUUCUCAAUGGGGUUCAGGGAGAAGAUCAUCACGAUCUUCUUCUCAGAUUUAGGGAACGGAUUGAUCGAGUCGGGAUCGAUAUGCCGAAGAUUGAAGUACGGUUUGAGCAUUUGUCAGUUGUGGGUGAGGCUCUUGUUGGGAGUAGAGCAUUACCCACUUUAGCAAAUUACACCAUGAAUGCAAUUGAGAAUGCUUUAAGGAUGGCUUACAUUUCCCCUUCCAAAAGAAGACGCGUUCAAAUACUCAAAGAUGUGAGUGGCAUAGUAAAACCAUCAAGGAUGACAUUGCUAUUAGGCCCCCCUGGUUCAGGGAAAACUACAUUGCUUCGAGCACUUGCUGGGAUGCUUGAUGAUGAUUUCAAGAAGAGCGGGAAAGUUACAUACUGUGGACAUGAGUUUGAUGAAUUUGUGGCUCGGAAGACAUGCGCUUAUAUCAGUCAGCACGAUCUUCACCACGGAGAGAUGACAGUGAGGGAAACAUUGGAUUUCUCGGGGCGCUGUUUGGGGGUUGGAUCAAUAUAUCAGCUUCUGGCAGAAUUGUCGAGACGCGAGAGAGCAGCGGGAAUCAAACCAGAGCCUCAGCUUGAUGCGUUCUUGAAGUCCAUUUCAGUACCUGGUCAACACACCAGCUUGGCCACUGAUUACUUCAUCAAGAUUCUAGGAUUGGAAGGCUGCGCGGACAUCAUAGUUGGCGAUGACAUGAGGCGUGGUAUAUCUGGCGGACAGAAGAAACGUUUAACCACAGGAGAAAUGUUGGUUGGACCUGCAAAAGUUCUUCUGAUGGAUGAAAUAUCAACUGGAUUAGACAGUUCCACAACUUUUCAGAUCGUAAAAUACAUGAGGCAGUUGGUGCGCGUCAUGGAUGUAACGAUGAUCAUAUCCCUACUACAGCCUGCCCCCGAGACAUACAAUCUCUUUGACAACAUAAUAUUGCUCUCAGAAGGCCAGAUAGUGUAUCAAGGUCCAAAAGAAAACGUUCUUGAGUUCUUUGAGGAUAGGGGAUUCAGAUGCCCCGAACGGAAGGGAACUGCUGAUUUUCUCCAAGAAGUGACUUCCAAGAAGGAUCAAGAGCAAUAUUGGUUCAGAAAUGACCAGCCAUACAGAUAUGUAUCAGUUUCUGAAUUCGUAGAGGCUUUCAGUUCAUUCGGGGUUGGGCAAAAGCUAGGUGAUGAGCUUAGCAUUCCUUAUGAUAAGUCAAAAACCCAUCCCGCCGCAUUGGUGCAAAGGAACUACGGCAUCUCCAACCUGGAAUUACUCAAGGCGUGCUUCUCUAGGGAAUGGUUGCUAAUGAAGCGCAAUUCUUUUCUGUACAUUUUCAAAACUACUCAGAUAACGGUCAUGUCCAUAUGUGCCUUCACUGCUUUCUUGAGAGUGGAUAUGCCAUAUGGGAGAUUACAAGACGGUGGGAAGUUUUGUGGGGCUCUUUUCUUCAGUCUGAUCAACGUGAUGUUUAAUGGGAUGGCUGAGAUUGCAAUGACGGUUAUGAGGCUUCCCGUUUUCUUUAAGCAAAGGGAUCAUUUGUUCUAUCCGGCUUGGGCUUUUGUCCUACCAAUUUGGCUCUUUAGGAUACCCAUCUCAUUUAUUGAAUCGGGAAUAUGGGUUGUUCUUACAUAUUACACAAUAGGAUUUGCUCCUUCUGCCGGAAGAUUCUUUCGCCAGUUUUUGACAUUAUUUGGUACACAUCAGAUGGCACUAUCUCUAUUCCGAUUCAUUGCAGCUCUUGGGAGAACAGAUGUUGUUGCUAACACAUUUGGUACAUUUACCUUGCUAUUAGUGUUCGUGCUCGGAGGCUUCAUUGUUGCUAAGGAUGACAUUAAGCCUUGGAUGAAAUGGGGUUAUUAUGUUUCUCCUAUGACUUAUGUGCAAAAUGCAUUAGCCACAAAUGAAUUCCUUCACGAAAGAUGGGGUGCUCCAAAUACAGAUCCCAGAAUUGAUGAACCUACAAUUGGGAGAGCGAUUCUCAAGGAAAGGAAUUUCGUUACUGAUGACUACUGGUUCUGGAUUUGCAACGGUGCCCUCUGGGGAUUUUCCCUUCUCUUCAACGCUCUAUUUAUUGCAGCAUUGUCUUUCUUAAACCCUUUCAGCGAGUCAAAGGUUUCACUUUCUGAUGAAUAUGUAGAAGAUAAGGGGAAAAAGUCAUAUCAAGGUACGACUUCACAAGACAAACCCCAGGCCGUAGCGAUCCAGGCAUCUAGGAAAGGAAUGGUUCUUCCUUUUGACCAUUUGUCACUUUCCUUCAGCCACAUUAACUACUAUGUGGAUAUGCCCUCUCAAAUGAAGGGUGAAGGAAUGAAGGAGGAUCGUCUCCAGCUCCUUUGUGAUAUUAGUGGUGCUUUCAGACCUGGCGUCUUGACAGCUCUUGUAGGGGUCACUGGUGCUGGAAAGACAACCUUAAUGGAUGUCUUGGCCGGACGAAAAACCAGUGGGUACGUUGAAGGUAGCAUCAGCAUUUCUGGAUACCCGAAGAACCAAUCAACUUUUGCCCGAGUUAGUGGAUACUGUGAACAAAAUGAUAUCCACUCCCCCAAUCUGACCGUCUACGAAUCUGUCCUUUAUUCUGCUUGGUUGCGCCUUUCUGCAGAUGUACUUAAGAAUACACGAGAGGUUGUGAACCAUAUUUCAUUGAACUCAUCUUUCCACUGAGGCUCUGUUUGUUUACAUGAAUCUAUUUUCCUAGAAUUAUUUUCCAACUUUUCAUAAGAACUUUUUUUCUUAGGAUCUGUUUGAGCUGAGAAAAUGCCAGUAAAACAAAACAGGGAGAAAAAUGGAUGUGGUAUUUUGAAGGAAAUAAGUUUUCAGGGACAAUACUAUUUCAAACUCAGAGUUUUUAAGGUUUUUGUACAAACCUCUUUUUAUGUAUAUUUCCAUUAUAUAUUCUAAAUAGAAGUAAAGAUUUAAUUGUCCAAGGUAAAGGCAAACAUAAAGGACUAACUUCUGUUUUCUUCAUUGUACAACCUUUAUCUACAUUGCAAACAUAGCCUUGGACUUUUGUGGUGUCAUGAAGUCGUUUUCUAAAACACUUUUAUGGUUACUUUUUUUUGGGGUCA